AGCACCAUGAACCAGCUGGGGGGACUCUUUGUGAAUGGCCGGCCCCUUCCUCUGGACACCCGGCAGCAGAUUGUGCAGCUAUCAAUCAGUGGGAUGCGCCCCUGUGACAUCUCACGAAGCCUUAAGGUAUCAAACGGCUGUGUGAGCAAGAUCCUGGGGCGUUACUACCGCACAGGUGUCCUGGAACCCAAGGGCACUGGGGGAAGCAAGCCACGGCUGGCCACACCUGCUGUGGUGGCUCGAAUCGCCCAGCUGAAGGAUGAGUAUCCAGCGCUCUUUGCCUGGGAGAUCCAACGCCAGCUUUGUGCUGAAGGGCUUUGCACCCAGGGCAGGACUCCCAGUGUGUCCUCUAUCAAUCGAGUCCUCCGGGCACUGCAGGAAGACCAGAGGCUGCACUGGGCACGGCUCAGACCACCAGCUAUUUUGGCUCCAGCUUUUCCCAGUCCCCAGAGUAACUAUGAGGCUCCCCGUGGUCCGCACCCGGGGACCAGCCACAGGAAUCGGACUAUCUUCUCCCCAGGCCAAGCUGAGGCGCUGGAGAAAGAGUUCCAGCGUGGGCAGUAUCCAGAUUCGGUGGCCCGUGGAAAGCUGGCUGCUGCCACCGCCCUGCCUGAGGACACAGUGAGGGUCUGGUUUUCCAACAGAAGAGCCAAAUGGCGCAGGCAGGAGAAGCUGAAGUCGGAAAGACAGCUGCCAGGUACCUCUCAGGAUCUGACAGUACAAAGAGUUUCCCCAGGGAUCAUCUCUGCACAGCAGUCCCCUGGCAGCAUAGCCUCGGCAACCCUGGCUGUAUUGGAACCUCUCUGCCCUUCCGUCUGUCAACUGUGCUGGGGGACAGCACCCAACAAGUGGUCCAGCGAUACCUCACCCCAAGCCUGUCUCCAGUCCUGCUGGGAUUGCCACUCCCUCCUUCCUGUGGCUUCUUCCUCAUACAUGGACUUUGCCUGGCCCUGCCUCACCACCCAGCCAGUGCGUCAUCUAACCGAAGGCUCAGGAGAGGCAGCAUCAGCCCAUUAUGCACACUGGCCAUAUGAGGCCUCUAUUUGA